GCUUCCUGCGGCGGAGGGAGCUGGAGCCAGUGCGGCGGCCGACGGCGGCCACGCGGGCGCGGGCGGCGCCUCCCCGAGUGGCCCGCGGUGGCCGGCCCCCCGCGAGAGAUAACAAGUUGUGCUAGUACAGCCGUAUAAAUAAUUCCUGAAGUCUCAGUGUAACAUGGACAUUAACAGUGAUGACAUAUAAAUACAGAUGCUUGGAAACUAAGUACUAGGCGAGACACUUCAAAAGAGAGGCGUUUACGAGGUUCUAGUAUUCUCCGAGACUGAAGCUGAGAGUCGGAAAGCCUGAAGCUGAAACUCAAUUGUAGAUCAUAGCCCCAUCUCCUUCAGGAUAUAAAGAAAAGAAAUAAUAUUUCCACAAUGAUAGAUCUUUGCUUGUACAGUUAUCAGAGACUGCUACAGACCAUUGCUGUACUUGAGGCUCAGCGCUCCCAAGCAGUGCAAGACCUGGAGAGUCUAGGCAAACACCAGAGAGAAGCACUAAAAAAUCCUAUUGGAUUUGUGGAGAAGCUUCAGAAGAAGGCUGAUUUAGGGCUUCCAUACCCACAGAGAGUUGUCCAGCUACCUGAGAUCAUGUGGGACCAGUAUACCAAUAGCCUUGGGAACUUUGAAAGAGAAUUUAAACAUCGCAAAAGACAUACUAGGAGGCUUAAGUUAGUUUUUGAUAAAGUAGGGCUACCUGCUAGACCAAAAAGUCCUUUAGAUCCUAAGAAGGAUGGAGAUUCCCUUUCCUACUCCAUGUUGCCUUUGAGUGAUGGUCCAGAAGGCUCCCAUAAUCGUCCUCAGAUGAUAAGAGGUCGUCUGUGCGAUGACAGCAAACCUGAGACCUUCAACCAGCUGUGGACUGUUGAAGAGCAGAAAAAACUCGAACAGCUACUCCUGAAAUACCCACCUGAAGAAGUAGAAUCCCGGCGGUGGCAGAAGAUUGCUGAUGAGCUGGGCAACCGGACAGCCAAACAGGUUGCCAGUCGUGUACAGAAGUAUUUCAUAAAGCUAACUAAAGCCGGCAUACCAGUUCCAGGCAGAACACCUAACUUAUAUAUUUAUUCCAGAAAGUCGUCCACAAGCAGACGGCAGCACCCCCUUAAUAAGCACCUCUUUAAACCCUCCACUUUCAUGACUUCACAUGAGCCACCAGUGUACAUGGAUGAGGAUGAUGACCGCUCCUGUCUCCAUAGCCACAUGAGCUCUGCUGCUGAGGAGGCCUCAGACGAAGAAAGUAUUCCUAUCAUAUAUAGGAGUUUACCUGAAUAUAAAGAACUAUUACAGUUUAAAAAGUUAAAAAAGCAGAAACUUCAACAAAUGCAAGCAGAAAGUGGGUUUGUGCAACAUGUGGGCUUUAAGUGCGAUAACUGUGGUGUAGAACCUAUCCAGGGUGUCCGCUGGCACUGCCAGGACUGUCCUCCAGAAAUGUCUUUGGAUUUCUGCGACUCUUGUUCAGACUGCCCACAUGAAACAGAUAUUCACAAGGAAGACCACCAGUUAGAACCUGUUUACAAGUCAGAGACGUUCUUAGACAGAGACUACUGUGUGUCCCAGGGCACCGGUUAUAGUUAUCUGGACCCCAACUACUUCCCAGCCAACAGAUGACGUGGGAGAGUCGGCACUAGUCCUCGGCAGCACGCAGCAGUGGCAUCAUUGUUAAUGGUGCGCACGGUUUGGACACUCACAGCAUGAGAGCUCCCCGAGUGUUCUCGUCCAGUACGGCUCUGCACUGUGUGGCUGUAGAUCAGCAGCUGAACAUUCCUGGUGAGCCUAGAGGUUCCCUAUGAAAUUUUCACCACUAACUUAAAGCCUUGUAGGUGGUGAUGUUAAAUGGGUGAGGUGGGAACAAGAGCACGCGUUAAUGCCAGAGUCAAUUCCAAAGGUUUUAAAGACCUCGGUCAUAAAUAUGAUAAUGAAAGACAAAGUAUUUAUAUUAAAUCAGUUUAGUAGCUUUCAGUUUUGUGAAGAUAGUUUUCAGCGCAGGACAGACUUAUAGAUGAAGUUUUAACCAGUGAUGGUGUUUGCUUCUAGGAUGUGUACUCUAAAAGAACUCACUGUCUGGUGGUCACUGAUGGCCUGUAGUAGACUGGAGCUGCUUAACGGUUUAAUACCUAACUUUUAAUCACGAUGAACUGUCCUUACCAGGAGCAAAGCGAGACACGGCUGUGGCUUUGCUUCUGUAACCAGCUCAUGGGGUGUGAAUGUCAAGAAGUUGUCACGCAGAUAUAUUUUUAAUGUCAUGUUAUAUGAGAUGAUCAUGUGAUGUGUACAGACGAUGUUGAGAAGUGCCAGUGGUAAUAAGUGUAAAAAGUCUGACUCACACCAUCAAUCCCUUUAAAGUACACGGCCUUCUGCCUGUGUGGAUCUGACUCACACCAUCAAUCCCUUUAAAGGACACGGCCUUCUGCCUGUGUGGAGUUGUCAGUACAGCUCGUCAAAGAAAACUGCCUAAUAUAAAAAUCAUAUAUGUGGUGAUAAUUUUUCCCUCUUUUGUAGUCUGCACAAGAUCCAUAAAAGAUUGUAUUUUUAUUACUAUUUAAUGAGUGAUUAAAUGUAGUCUGCACAGUGAGCAAGAGUUCACAAUUCUUUUAUACUGCUGGAUUUUGUUGUGCAUCAUUUAAAACAUUUUGUAUGUUUCUUAUCUGUGUAUACAGUAUGUUCUUGAAUAAUGUUCAUUUGUCAGGAGAACUGUGAGAAAUAAACUAUGUGGAUAUGUUUGUUUAUAUUAUAGAAA